AUGUCCUCCAACACACUUAUUUCAAAUAAAUUCCUUAUAUUUUUUGCAAUCUAAAUAUGCCUUGGGUAGUCCUAAUUCUCUUUUUACGGAAUUGAUGAGGAGUUAGUUUAAUAAAGUAAAAUCUAUUUGAAAUAAUAAUAAAUAUUUAGUUUCUAGAUAAAAGUAAUUAGAGUCAGAGGAACUUCAAAAUCAAAGUAAUUAUUCAUUUUAAUUGACAUAGAGAGAAGCUUUGUAUUUGACUUAUCGUAUUCAAGCUAGAAUGAAUAUCUAUCUUAAAUUGUAAUAGGCAGUGAGAAUAUCCAGAACUAAAUAUCAUUCGACACCACGCUGUAGAAUUAUUUGUAUGUGAAGAGUAAAGAUUGCUUAAAUUGCACUUAUAAUAAUCCUGAGGAGCCUUAAUAUGAUCCAAUAGCAUCAACUUCACAUGACUCUGAAGACGAGCAUCAGCAUAUUAAGUCCUCUGGAAAGUAUAGAUUUAAUUCAAAGACUUUUAUCGAUGAUGUUAGCAUAGACCAAGGAUUAUAGUUACAAGCUAAACAAAUUAAAUUUGAAGUAGUUGACACAUUUAAUGACUUAGUUCUCUAGCAAUUUCAUACAAAUUCGAUACUUGGUCUAGCUCCAUCAAGAUUGCAUGACGAGAAUUAAUUCAUUUAUCAGCUUAAGCAAAAGUAAUUGAUUGAUUAGAAAAUAGUAUCCCUUCUGAUAGGGAAUGAUAGCAUUAAAUCUACAAUUGAAAUAGGCGGAUAUAAUCAGAGUUUGCUAUUACAAGGGGAUUAAUAGAAAGGCUAUGGGCUUCAUUGGAUUAAAACAAUAAGUGAUAAUUAAUGGUAAUUUGAAAUACAAGAGAUUUAUUAUGGUGGCUUUUCAUUCUAUAAUUCAUUCCUCACUCUUAGUAUAUUAGACUCUGCCUAACCUUACAUUAUAAUGCCAAAUAAGACAUUCUAAGUUUUUCUUGGAAUGAUUAAAAAGAUAGAUGAGAAUGUAAAAUGUCUAGACGAGAUCUGCAAGAUACAUCGACCCUGUGAGUCAUUCGCUAAAAGAUUGGAUCCGAUUAGGUUGUAACUUGAUGACUUUAAUAUGUUUGGAAUUCCAGCUUAAGAAUAUCUUAUCUAAGAUAGAGAAAACUCUUCAUAAUGUAUAUUAGGUCUUACAACAAAUUAAUAUGUAACUUAGUAGAAUACUUUCAUUCUUGGUCAUGUGUUCAUGAGAUUAUUCUAUACUGUUUUAGAUUUUGAAAACAACAAGAUUGGGUUAGGACUGCAUCUAAAUUCUGGGGGUUAUGUCGAGCCAGUAAAAAGUUAUAGGAUAUAUAUGAUAAUUCUGAUCAUUAUUGUGGUUUUGCUUAUGGUGCUAGCUGCUUUGCUUGGAUUUAAGAUGUACAAAUAAAGACAAAUUAAGAGACUUGCUGAAAAUGAAGCAAGAAUAUUGAAGAGUAAUUCAAUGAAUGCAGCUGCUGCCAGUGAAUUAUCACAUAUACAUAGGUAGAGUUUACUUGAAGGAAGAAGUAGCAAUCUGAAUAAGUAUUGA